AUGCUUCAAGUGCACCUGGGAGCCCGUAACACUCAAAGUGUUCCUUCCAUUCACAGUGUGCAGGUGCUACUAAGCCAGCUACAACGAGUGAUGUGUUCACUGUGCAACACUUCGAUGCUUUACAAAAUUCGUGGCGAGACAAUGUAUUUAUUCGUAAAUUGA